GUAAAUAAUUAAAUUAUUGAUUAAAAUAUGAAAUUCAAUAGUAUCAAGUUAUGGUGUCAACAAAAUCUCUACUCCAUAUUGAUUAUCAUCAGUGCUAUUGUGGGACUAAUAUUCGGAUUUAUAUUGAAGUCAACCGUCACCACAAUCAGCCCACUGGCCCUUACCUACAUAGGAUUGCCGGGAAAGUUGAUUAUCCGGGCAUUUAUGAUGAUAAUAGUGCCCCUAAUUGUAACAUCAUUGGCCACUAGUAUAACUGCAACAAAACGUGGAGAAAAUAAACGAUUAAUUUUAUUAACAUUUUUAUUGAUUGUAUUGUUUGCCUCAUCGAUGGCUAUAUUGGGUUCAACACUGGUGUCUAUUGUUAGGCCUGGAGGUGCUGGCAGUGAUGGUAGUGGUGGUGGAGGACAGGUAUUUGGUCGCCAAUCACAUGGAGAAGAAACAGUUGAUAUCAAACAAAUGAUUUCCAGUCAAGAGGACAGUAUAUACGAUAUAUUUAUGAAUCUCAUACCCGAUAACAUAAUCGGUGCCACAUUUAUGUCACAUUACACGGCACUGGUACCCAUCCAACCAAACAAUCUGACUAAAGGCUAUAGAAAACAAGCGGAACGGGCGUUCAAACCUAAUAUGUUAGGUCUGUGUAUAUUUUCAUUGAUACUGGGGUUUGCUUGUCUACAUUUGGAUAGUCGGGCACAGUUAGUCAGACAACUACUUGAAGAGGGAAAUACAAUAGUUAUGGCUAUUAUGAUGUUUUUUAUUAAAAUUAUGCCGAUCGGUAUGUUUUUCUGGAUGUGCGCCGAAGCCAUCAAAAUGCAAUCACCGGAAGCCAUAAUCGUACAGUUGGGUUGGUUUUUCGGACUGGCUAUCUGUGCCUUUAUGUCGGUCUGGUUACUGAUAAUACCCGGCCUGUAUUUUCUGGUUGUCCGUAAAAAUCCCUACAUAUUUAUGAUGAACAUUAUGCCGGCACUGGUAGUCGCUUUCGGAUCCAGUUCCAGUGCCAUUACAUUGCCAGUUACUAUGGACUGUAUGAUUGGUAAAAACCAACUGGCCAAACCGGUUGGCCAGUUUGUACUGCCAUUGGGUAUGACCAUACAUAUGCCCGGGUCGGCCAUGUAUUAUCCGAUGGUUACAUUGUUUGUCGCACAGAUGCACGGCUUAGAGACAACAAUGCAUAUGUUUAUAACCGUAUGUAUAUUUGCUGUAAUACUGUCGAUGGCAUUACCGGGCGCACCGUCGGGCGGCUCAUCCAUUGUUAACUUUAUAGCAUUUUGCGCUAUCAUUGGCAUCGAUAACCCACUGGAUGUGUUGGCCUAUACUAUAUCGCUUGAUUGGCUUAUGGAACGCCUACGUACACUAACCAAUGUUAUGGGCGAUGCCUAUCUAUCGGCUAUUAUACAAAAAUUAUGUAACAUUAAGACAGUAGUAGUAGUAGACGACAAUAAUACACAUAAUGUUAUGGAUGUUAAUAACAUUACCUACUACUACUACUACUACUACUACUACUAAUACUACCGGUGCUGACGAC